AUGGAUGAAGACACGCCCUUGUUACGGGAAGGAUCGUCCCUUGGAAGCCCAGCUGGAGCUCUGAGUCCAUCGGUUGCCAGUGAGAGCGUGAGCACUGCCCGUGACAGUCUACACACGACAGAACUCGAGCUGAAUGUGGACAAGAUCUCGUUCCUCUGUAGCCCCUCGAUCCGUCCGACGUACGGCAGUGGAGGCGAGUAUAACCAUUACGCUGAACAGCCACUUCAAGAGAUGCUGCAGACGAACGACGAGCUCAAUAUGCUGGAGCCGUACUUUGACGUGACGCCGUCGCGACUGCGCGUGGCUUUCGAAGGUUCAGGAACCGAAGGCGAUGGCGAAUUGAGCUACGACGGAUUCCGAGCAGCUCUCAAGACGUUGGGGAUCCGAUGCUUGGACAACGCCGUGUUCGCCCAGCUGGUCAAGAGCAUUGACAAGGAAAGUCGCGGCCGGAUCACGCUCACGCAGUUUGACGCGGCAGUGCAUCGCUUGAAGCUCAUGCACAUGUUUGACGAAGGCACGGUGCCCGAAGUCAAGACGAUGGAGGGGCAGCAUGAAGCUGCCUUGUCGGUGUCGGACUUUUCAAGCACGCGAUUGCAGAGCUUCGUCUUGCGGCAAAAGAACUUGCACGAGUUCUUUACAGCCCAUCGACCCGAGUGGGUGAACGUGCGCUGGAUCAACUUGAAAGGCCGCGAUAGCUUGAACCUCAAGCGACUGGCGAUCAAGUACCGACUACAUCCGCUCGCGAUUGAAGACACGAUUGAAGGCCACGAACGACCCAAGUUUGAUCGCUACGAUGGCCACUUGUUCAUUGUGUUUCCAGUGCUGGGAAUGCGUGUGACGCCGGACAAAGGACCUUCGCUUGAACGCAGGCGUAGUCGUCUGUGCUCGGAUUCGUGCGGAACGCCAUUGCCGUCUUUUGUCAAGGAGAAGCGAGGAUCGCUUUACCGCAUCAUGAGUAUGGCUCCUGUCGAAACGGAGGAGGAGGAGGAGAACCCAUUGAAGCUCUGUGUCGAGCACGUGUUUGUCUUCAUCAUCAACAACGACACAGUCAUUACGGUCAAGAACGAGGGUGGCAGUGAUAUCUGGGCCGAGCUCAAUCGCCGACUCGCCGUGCCAUACUCAAAGCUACGACACAACAACGCCAACUUUCUCGUGUACUCGGUGCUCGAUGUAAUCGUGGACCAAGUGACAAGCGUCGUUGACUCGAUCACGGAAUGCCUCAUCGAGCUCGAGAAUCAGCUUAAUCAACAGCGUCACCGCUUUGAGCUACGGUCGUUGCGGCUGCUAAAAAACGAGCUGUUUGGGCUUCCUCGCUUCCUCAAGCCAGCUCGGGAGGUGCUGAAAAGCAUCAUCGAAAGCAAAGACUUUGACGCGACGGUGACUGCCUACGUCCGCGACGUCCACGAUCAUGUGGUUCAGGUGCUUGACGAUAUUGAACAGCAGCUUCAGAUGUGCCGCCAGCUCACGGAAGACUACCGUGAUGCCAAGACCACCCAGAUGAACUACGUUAUCUACACACUGACCGUAGUCACGACGGUGUUUCUGCCUGGACAAUUUCUCACGGGGGUCUAUGGCAUGAACUUCGAUGACAUGCCGGAGCUUCACGAACGUUAUGGCUAUGCACUUUUCUGGAUCCUCGCCAUUGCCAUUGCUGCCGCAUUGCAGUUUUAUUUCCGCUAUAAACAAUGGAUAUAG